AUGAACGUUGACGAGUUUGCAAGUUUUGCAAGUAUGCUAGACAAACCAGAUGUGGAUGAGUCCUUGUGUUCAGUGCCUGAUCAGGGUGUCACUCAUUUGCCACAGGAUGAUUUAUCCAACGGCCCGGACCUUGGAAAUGCGUUUGAUUUGGAAUCCAUGCAGUCUGGUCCUGACACUUCAGAAUAUCAUGAUGGGCAGUCACAUCAUGCAGCACAGUCGGAUACAUCUUUUUCCAGAGCAGAUGUCAACAAGGCGCUUUUUGAGGCAAGACUACAGAAUUUAUCUGAUACCGAACUGAAGUAUCCUUGGGAGGCAGGUGUCAUGGGUGAUAUUUUCUCUGGACCGAGUGAUGCGUUGGCUCUACCGGCACUGCCUGCAGAAUAUUUGAGUGUUUCUGAACAUGUGCAAUCUUUGGCAACCACUGGUGGAGUCGCAGAUGCUGCGCAAAAGGUUGUGAGUCGGGACCUUGACAUGCCGUUCUAUUCAUUUGCUAUUAAGGUCAGGCCGGACAAAGACAUUUUUGCACAGCUGGAGGUUUUGUGGACUAGAGCCAUAGACAAAUGGUUACAAGUCUUUGAGGUGCUUGGUUUUCCUGGUGAGUUAGGAGCGGCUUUGGAGAACGAGCUUCAUUUCACGGAUCCUGCUGAGCAUGGUCUGGUCCUGAGAGAUGCUUUGGGGGUGAAGUCUCCACGUACAGCCAUUAAAAGAGGUUUGGCCUUGCUGCAGUACUUCAAGUGGCUUCAAGACACAUGCGCUGUUUGGGAUCCCUGGAAUCGUGCACAGUGCUUGGCAUAUUUGAGUUCAUCAGAUGUGAGAACACCUUCAGCGAGCCUGGGUAUCUCUUUCUUGGAAGCGCUCAGAUUUGCUAGGUAUGUGAUGCAGAUUCCAAUACAUGAUGCACUGCUGUCAGACCCGCAAUUGAAAGGUCGAGCUCAGAGGCUUUUGCUGACCAAGGAUGCAUACUGCCCUGCAAGACCUUUGAAGGCGCAUGAGGUCGCUCUGUUGGAGAGGAUGAUGCUUUCCAAGCUGGAUACUAUUGAUUUGUACAUGCUUGGGUCGGUGUUGUUUGCCAUUUUCUCCAGAUCUAGGUGGUCGGACUUGCAACAUAUGCAUCGCCUUUGGCUGGAUCGGAAUGAGUUUGAGGGUCAAUUUUUUGGCAUCAUUGAAACGGAGACUGCCUUCCACAAGACGGCAACUUCUCUGAAGAACAAGAUGCGGUUUAUUCCAGUUGUAUGUCCAAUUCAGGGCAUCACAGAAGUUGACUGGACUCCCAUUUGGUUGGGUACAUUCGAGGAGUUGAAGGCGGUACCGACGUCUCCUUUGGGCGAUGCCGAAUUGUCUGAGGCUGCAGACAAGAGGUCGUAUAAUGCAGAGAGUGCUGAGGAUAGCGAAUCUUUAGCUUCGACGAGUUCGAGCAGUUCAGAGGCAGAUGAGUGUGGGUUAUCGGAGCCUUGGGUCACAUCGUUGAAAAACAACGGUGUGGCCACCUUCGCAAAGCUGAGUUUUGCAAUUACAAGUCCGGGUACGGUGGCAAGCGAUGAUCAAGUGACACGCUUCAUGGGCAAUUUGAGGCCUGGAGUGGUGGCCACGAUAGCAGACCUUUCAGCCUUCAAGAGGAUCUUUUUUGAAUCACAAACCCUUAUGAUCCACAGGUUCAAGUCCGCGGCCAAGGGCGAUGACAUGACUCCCAAAAGAAUGCCUGCGCCUGAACGUGAUGCCAGGCUGGCGUUGCAGCGUCAGCAUUUGAGGGGCCUGGAUAUCUCGGGUCCUUUGGAACCAGCGCAUAGCCUGUAUGAUAUGUGUGCUCAGAUGGUGGAUGCCAAUUUGGCCACCUAUGAGGUCAUGAAGAAAUGGGUUGAUCGGAUGUUUGCAGUCUUUUCUCAGCCAGCCGCCCCAGGUUUUUCGAAAGUCUCGCAAGCACAGCUUCUACGAGCAGACCGACAGGCCUUUGUGCGUUUGAGUGAAACCUUCACUGGGUCGUUGAAGGUCAUGCCCAUGGCGGGCAAACCCUUGGACCCAUUGAUUGAGAGGCUGGAGAAUGAUGUGUCGGUGACCUAUUUCAUGUCGCCAGUUCCUAUUCAGUCCAACUCGAGCAAUGCGAGCGAUUCAAACAAGACAGACAAGAAGCGUCAGGUGGAGGUAGGCGUUGGUGAUCGACUGGGCUACUUCUGGAACAUGCUUGUGGGUGCAUUUCGGAACGGCCUACCUGGAGUCUCUGGUGUCAAUUUGGCCAGGCUGCGUGCAGCCAACAGGCUUUAUCGGUUCAUGUCCGAGCUCAUUAUGACUUUGGAUCGAUUGCGCAUCACGUGGACUGUUGAGAACCCCUGGACAAGCUUGUUGUGGUUGACAAGUUAUUGGAAGAUUGUGGAUGAAAAACUGAAGGUUUGGUACUGUGAGCUGCACAAUUGCAUGUUUGGUGGGACACGGCUCAAGAGGACUUGUUUGGCGUCAAACAAUCGGGCAGUCAUGGCCUUAAAUAUUUUGCGCCAUAAUGACCAUGAACACGCACCUUGGACCAUACAAGAUGGCGUGUUCGAUACCGCUCGCGAGGCAGAGUAUACACCACAGCUCGCAAAGGCGCUUGCCGCAACCAUUUUGGAGGCCAUUGCAGGCGCCCUCAAGUUGCCCAAUGUCUCCCAGGUGUCGAAGAGGCUCAAACUGUCGCAUUUUCAUGCCAUUGCAGCCGGCAAACAGCCGACUAAGAUGACUUCCCUUCCUACAGUCCCUGAGUUCUCUCAUAUUUUGGUAGUGAACAGUUUGCCCCACCAUUUCGGUUUUGAUGUCCCCGAUGGGUGCCUACAGCAUUGCACCGUGGUGCAAGCUGGUGACAACACUUAUUUGGUGCCGUGUGGCAGCAAGCUGCUCCGCAAGACAGAAAGAAAGGGGGUAGAGAGCCGUCUUUUUAGUCUUACUGUGGACCGCACCCCCUCACUGCAGGCGCUGGGUGAUGUGGAUUCUGGAGUUGCAGCGAUUGAGGGAGCACAUUUGGUUUGCAACAGAGGCAUUUGCGCACGCAAGGAACCACAGUUUAAAUUAGAGCACUUGGAAGUUCGGGGUGACUGCACCGACUUUGUUUUUGGCGUGCGUUGGUCUCCCGAGCAAUUUCUUGAGCAAGCGGUGCUCGUGGGGCACCCCUUCCGUGAGUUUUCUGGGCUGCUUCCUGAAGUCAAGUUGGCGCGCGAGAAAUUGACUAGCUGGAGUCAUGAGGACUUGGUCAACUGGAGGUGCAAGAAACUGGGUGAGUGGUUGCGUCUGGCUAAAUCCUUGCAAGGUGAGGAGAAGGCCAUGAAGGACAGGAUGCCUGAAGCCAGGCGUCGUAUUUUGGAGAGGAAGCGCGUGGCUUUGAUGAGGCACCUCAUUCGGCAAGAAGGAUAUGAUGAUCACACCCUUGCGGAUGACAUUGAGUUCGGCUUUAACCUUGUAGGAGAUUGUCCAAAAUCGUCGGUUUUGCCCUCAAAGCUGGUUCCAGCCACAAUAUCGAAAGAUGACCUGCGCAGACACUCCGCCAAAGCUAGCAAGGCUCUACGCUAUAUGACAAGGAGCAGUGGCGAUGUUGAGUUAGACGCGGGCCUCUGGACCAAGACUAUGACUGAGGUCGAGAAGGGUUGGCUCAUAGGUCCCAUUCCCUGGGAGAAGCUGCCAGUUGGUGCUGCUGUAUCUCGGAGGUUCCCCCUCUCUCAAGCUGGAAAGAUUAGGCCGAUUGAUGACUUGAGCCAAAGUCAGGUCAACUCCACCGUGAAUACAUUCGAGCAGGCUAUGGUGGAUGGCCCGGAUGUAAUUUGCAGUCUUGCUACAUAUCUGAUGAGGUGCCUGGUGGACCAGGGGCGGCCGUCCUGUCUGAAAGGGCGGUCCUUAGACCUUGCUUCUGCAUACCGACAGCUUGCGAUCGCAGAUGAGUCAUUGCGACAUUCGUUUCUGUCGGUGUACGACCCGGAAAGUGGUUCAGCCAAGCUUUUUCAGCAGGUAGCAUUGCCUUUCGGUUCUCGAUCGGCGGUCAACGCCUUCAUCAGACGCGCCAGAUUUCUACAGUGGAUCGCAGCGAAAGUGUUCAUCCUCCCUUUGACUUGCUACUUCGAUGACUUCGUUGCAUUUUCCAUGCCGAGCCUGUGCAACAACAGUCAAUCUACCCUGUGUUUGAUGCUUGACAUUCUAGGUUGGCGAUUUGAUCGUGAGGGUCCGAAGAGUGAUGAUUUUGCGGACAACGUGUCAGCUUUGGGUGUCCUUUUUGACCUUACAGAGUCAGAACGCGGGAUGCUCAGGGUUCGCAACACGACCAAACGAAUCGACGACACAACUCUGAUUUUGGACGAUGUGCUGUCCAACGGGAGGUUGGUGGAAAAGGAUGCACUUUCUUUAAGAGGAAAGUUGGCGUUUUGUGACGCUUUUAUUUUUGGGCGAGUUGGCAAGCUGGCUCUUCAAGAUAUCACGAAACAUGCGUACGCCAAUCCUUUUGUUUCCCAACUCUCUGAGAGACUGGUGGAGUCUUUGCGUCGCUUGCGGGGUAGGCUGGUAUCCGGUUCACCAAGAGUUUUGACCUGUAAGAUGCUGGAGACAUUUUUCCUUUUUACCGAUGCGAGUUUCUGCAGAAGUAGUGGUGGUGGCUUUGGCGCCUUCCUAGCCGCCCCGGACAGCGCCGUGAUUUCCUGGUUUGGCAUUCAAAUCGAAGCCGUGCGUUUUGCAAGGCAAGCCUUUGUUCAGUGGAAAGCCACAUCUGCAUGGGUGGGGUCCGUGGCUGAAGAGGAUUAUGUCACGGACCAACGCGACUACAGCUUUAGGUCCAUAGAAGCGUGGCCUUUGGACGCUGCUGUCAUUUACAAGCCUACGGAUCGAGCAGCGCUUUUGCUUCUUCUAAGUUUGAAAGCCGUGUGUAGCUUGGAAGACAUUGUGGAGACCACGUCUUUGAAGGUCACUGUGGUGGUCACCAUGUGCGCGCAGGAGAUGAAGAUCGCAGGCGCACCGACCGACUGGACGAAAUACUUUCAAGAACAAGAUGUCUUUCACAUCCAGUGUUAUUUGGAGGACACGACAUUGAAGCCGGCAAGGCGUUGGCUUGAGCAGGUUCCGGACUUGGUGGCUUCCUGUUUGCGACAGUGGAAAAUCGUCUGCGACCAGUUGUGGAAACAGUCCAUGCUGGCGAUCGCCGGGGACAAAUCCAUGCACGUGCUCUUUCACUGCUUUGGUGGCAUCCACCGGAGCGCGGGGAUUUGGUGCGCUUGGCUCGUUGUCGCUUACGAGCGCUCCGCACUGGAAGCCGUGCAGUUGCUACUUCAAAAAAGACCAGCGUUGUGCCCUUGGCGCAAUCGACCCUAUGUCUUGGAAGCGUUGUGGCACCUGGAAGGUUUGCGCGCGGAAUGGCGGAGAGACUUCAGCGCAGCACACCGAGACUAA